AUGACACCAUUAGCCGCGAAUGACGAGAUAAAUGAUCUGAUACAAGUGCCUACAGGAGCUAAGGGAUGGAUGAAGCUGAACCUAAACCAAGCAGAAUUUUAUUUGGUCAACUGUUCUCCUGCCUUACGGAAGCAUUUGGAAGUUCCUGUGAAAGAUCAGACUCUAGGCGUUCCUGACCCCAUUAGCAUUAAAAUUCAGUCUUUACACUCGCUCGCGCUGGCGUCUUGGUUCUUUCAGUUGCAUAGGAAUUUACCAGUAUUUACAUUGUUGAAACAGUCUUUGUGCUGGAUGGAAGUAUCGCGCAAUUUGGGGUAUUUUCUCGUGACGAAGCGUUUUACCAUAAACUUCAGCGCUAUAUUCGCGCGUUUGGAUUGA